CCACAAGUGAUGACUUACGUGGCAUUCUCUCAGAGACUUUCACCUUCCAUGCGUCACAAUCGCGUAACCCAAACCUUACCGUUCCCCGUUCUCUUUUUCUCUCUUCGUAUCCUUAGCUUUCGGGGUGCAGAGUUUGUUUGUUGAGCCAAAGAGCCAUUUUCUGAUUCAACCAAAUCUAGGGUUAGGGAUUCCAUUUCCCAACUCCCUCUCUUUUCCGAUUCUUUUCCCUUUUACUUUUCCUUCCUCCGACAAUUUUUCCCUCUCUCUUGCAGAUUACGACAAUUGCUCCUCCAUCUUCUUCGCCCCGAACGACCAGCUCCUUCCCAAAGAAACAUGCUUUUAUUUUCCCGGGAAAAUUCCGCUCCCGUUUUUCUCACCCAACCUCUUGUCCUAUAUAUCAUUUCUUGUUCGAUUUGUUGCAGAAUUCCAAUUUCCUAGGGUUUCUCGAUCUAUUCAUCCACAAUUGCGAUUUGGGAUAAUUGGAUUUUUUUCCCAUUUUUUUCUGUAUAUAUUUUUUAAUGUGAUUGUCUGGGUUGUUGUAAUUGAGGUGUUGAUAGGAUACACGAGGGGUUGUGAUUUGUAAAAAGUGUGGUUCAUAAUACUAUAGGUAUUUGUUGAUUAGGUUUCUUAAAUAUCCGGAUAUUACUAUAAUUGCUCUGUGAUUUCGAAGCGAGUUAUGCAUAUAGAGGAAUUGAAGGGAGGUGAGGUGGUAGAGGGUGGGGGGGAAGGAGGAUCGAGGUUUGUGGGUUAUGGUGCGAAAAGGGUGCUGGUAGGAGCAGGCGCUCGUGCGCUCUUCUAUCCGACCCUUUUUUACAAUGUCGUUAGGAAUAAGAUUCAGGCUGAGUUUCGAUGGUGGGAUAAGGUUGACGAGUUCAUAUUGUUAGGUGCUGUUCCAUUUCCUAUUGAUGUUCCCCGCUUGAAGGAGCUUGGUGUUCGUGGGGUCAUUACAUUGAAUGAGCCAUACGAGACUUUGGUUCCAACUACAUUGUAUUAUGCUCAUGGAAUUGACCAUCUGGUGCUUCCUACUAGAGAUUACUGUUUUGCUCCUUCAUUGCAUGACAUAAGCCGUGCUGUGGACUUCAUACAUGAAAAUGCAUUGUCUGGACGCACUACAUAUGUCCACUGCAAAGCUGGACGUGGUCGCAGCACGACUAUUGUUAUUUGUUAUCUGGUGCACCACAAACUGAUGACGCCCAAUGCUGCAUAUGAUUAUGUGAAAUCAAUUCGGCCAAGGGUGCUUCUAGCUUCCUCUCAGUUGCAAGCUGUUCAAGAUUACUACUACCAUCUUAUGGUGAGGAGGGCUGUUGUACGUGCUCCCACAGCUAAUAUAUUAGUGAAGGCUUCUGAGGUGGCGGGAGCUUCACGAGAUCUUGUGAUGUUUGAUGACAGUUCUGUGGUGAUGGUAACAGAGUCAGAUCUAGAAGGUUACGACCCAAGUAGUCAAUCAGGAAGCAUGGCCAGUGAAAUAUGGGCAGAUUUAAGUGUUGUAUACCGUGUACGAGUUGCUGGACAGGCGGCAUUGGCAAGAAUAUCAUGCCUUUGGCUGCGAUAUGGUACUACCAACGACAAGAUUUCAAAGGAGAGGGAAAGCAGUGUCUCUAUCAGGGCUAAUCACUUGGGAGAAAUUAGUGUCGAUAUCCACGUCUACUGAAAAAUCAACCUUUUCUUUUUCUGCCCAAUAAUAUUGUAUAUUUGCCUGGCCUGAAUCUAUUACUCGUUUUCCUCUGUAUAUUCUGUUGUUUGCUCAUUUGAGUUCAAAUGAUGAGUGUCGUGCGGGUCAGUCAAUUAAUGUGCAUUUACACUGUUAUAUUCAUCUAAUCAUUACUAUGUCUGGGCAGUAACUUCAAAUGUGGAACUGGAGAAAGCCUCCUUUUUUCGAGGGCUAUGAAUAUACCCAUAUGAAAGCUCUUAUAAUUUUGUA